AUGGCCAGCGAGACACUCCCACCACAGUCGCGAAUUCUCGUCACCGGCGCUAAUGGAUUUAUCGCCUCACACAUUAUCAAUUUGCUCCUCCAGCGGGGCUACCGAGUACGCGGGACCGUCCGUGAGCCCCGACCGUGGCUGGACCAACUGUUCCAAAAGUACGACUACGAGUCCGUCAUCCUUCCAGACCUGGCUCAGCCGCACGCCAGCCUCUUCGAUGAUGUUGCGGGCGUAGUGCUCGUCGCGACAGACAAUUCAUUCGACCCGGACCCCGCACUGAUCGAGAGAGUCGUGCAGGGAACGCUGGCGAUGCUCGAGGCAGCCAAGAAUAGCGCUGUCAAGUCGGUGGUACUGACAUCAUCGUCUGCAGCAUGCAUCACGCCUACAUAUGCGUCGGAGCCUACUGUGAUCGACAACGCCACGUACAACGACGCAGUCGUCGCCAGUGUCCAGGCUGGGAACCCGCAAGAGAUCGCUCCCGGACAUGCAGUCUACGCAGCGUCCAAGACUGAAGCGGAGCGUCAGGCUUUCAAAUGGGUUGAGGAGAACCAGCCACGCUUCCGGUUCAAUACGGUAGUUCCCGACAACGUGAUUGGCUCCCGCAUCAAUCCUAACGUCCAUGAUCCCGUAGCGCCCAUGAAGGCUCUUCUCAGCGGGAAGGACUUCUUUAUGAGGAUUUACCCUCCUGGCUGGUAUGUCAACGUCGAAGACACGGCCCGUCUUCACAUCGCUGCGCUUCUUGAUCCGAAAAUUCAGUCGGAACGCAUCUUUGGCACAGCAGCCAAGUUUACGUGGCCCGAAGUCAUUGCAAUACUGCGCAAGCUCCGUCCCAACAGUAAUACCCCGGAUGCGCCAAACGAUCACCAGUGUCAACUCGACUACGUGCUCUCAAACAGAGCCGAGCAGAUUUUGCUUGACUUCUUCGGAUCCGGCUGGGUUUCUCUGGAGGUUUCACUGGAGCAAGCCAUUCUUGAUGUUGAGUAG